GUCGCACGGAGCACACUCCCGGAAAAGAGUGAAAUGAUCUCCAGGAGGAGGAUACUGUCCCGGUCGCGCGACGACCUUCCCAUGCUGCACGACCACUCCGAGGACGUUUGGUAUCAAACGGAGAAGCUGCUGAAGGACCACAUCGAGGAGGUCUUGAACAAAUGGACUCAAAUAGACGAUGAAAUUUGGGCGAAGGUGAUCGUGUUCGAGAAGAAUCGGCGGGUGGCGAAGGCUUAUGCGAGAACGCCCGUGCUCAGCGUCAACGGCUCGGAUUCGGGUUUUGACGGAUUCAGGAUCGGCUUGGCAGGAUUCGAUAACCCGUACCGGGACCGGAAGACCGAGGAGUGCCGUCGCCACGUUGGCCACGGAGUCAAAAUAAAGAUGGACGAGUCGGGCAACAUCCUGAUCAAGCGCGUGUCUAGGUCGCACGUGUACAUCAAGAGCGCGAGCGCGGAGAACGCGAUGGGUCGCGACCUCUUGCGGCUGCCGUCAGGAACGCUCGAGCCGAACAAGCCAGUCAAACUGUUCGACAUGAAACGGUUCGAGUCGAACGUCUUCUCGGAGCUGAAGCGCUCCUACCCCGACCGGAAACGGCUCGAGCUGCAGUGCGUAACCGCCAUCGUGUUCGUCAAAGCGGAAGCGGAGUUGCUCAAGAGCCCCCUUUGGCUACUGCUAGUCAACAUCGUCGCCCUCGAUAUGCUCAAGUCGAGACUGUCACCAGGUCCAGAGAUGGCACCACCCGACCCCGUCCCCGACGAGAACCCCUACAGCGUGGCGAGCCAUUCGAAGGCGUCGUCCUCGAGCGUCCUUGACAUCAGAGCGGCCAGUAGCCGAGCGGACGAGCCGCCCCUACUGCCGCCGAGGAAGAACCCGGCGGAAUCGGCGGGUCCACCCUUCCCGCCCUACGAAAACACUACGCUCAAGCGAAUCCCGUCCGCGAAAGGCGCGAAACCGAAAAUCAAAGACCGGAAAGGAGUAGACGAUCCGUACUACUGCGGGCUGCGCGCCAGGAUACCCAACUUCGUGGCGAAGCUGACGGGGCGGCGAUCUGCACCGCGACCCCAACCCAGGUCGACGAUCGAGCAGCACGUGCGCAAACUAUCGCAGGCGCAGCAGCCGCGCAACAGCCGCGACUCCUCCGCGGGACUGUGGCACGCGCGGAGUCUGGAGAGCGGACUGGAUUCCGUUUUGUCGCACUCGCCGUACAAUCACAUGUUUUAUCGCCUCCAUCUGCCGCUGCGAGGUUUCCCGCCCCAAGAGCCGGGCAGCCUCUACGUCGGCGAUUGGGACUGAGCCGGCGCGCGCCACCCCUACCUUCCAACCGCUCUGUGAUACAUUUAUUCCGCUGGAACGGCGAUUCGUAUAAUAAAGCCGACCAUUUUAGA